ACUGUUAGUCCUACUAUUACUACUAAUACGAAUACUAAUAAUAGUAGGUGGCAUUUACUGAGCAUUUUCUGUUAUGUUCUCAAAUGAUUUAUUACCUUUUUAAAACAAAUCAGAGCUGAUUCACAGUCUUGUGAAUAGUAUCACUCUCAUUUGCUUGGGGUGAGGAGGGAGAGGGGCAGAGUGACAGGCAGGGGGCACCAGGGAAUUGUCCAGACCAUAAAUGAUCUCGUUACACGCCAGUGAGUGACUGUGCUGAUCCAGCCUUAAUAGUUAAAUAGGGAUUACCAUGGUUCUUAUGAGCUAGGAUUUGCUUUCAUUCCCUACGACGCAUUGAGGGAGGGUGGUCAGCCGUCCAGAUCUGGAGUAUGUCACGUGUGGGGGUGUCCCCGGCUCCUGGGUGCCAGUAGAGGAAGACCGCUAGCCUUCAGGGUCAAGUCUAGGCUUCCUGGCCUGGCAUGCAACACUGCGUGACCUGGUGCCUGUCCAUCUCUGCUGCCUCCCAUCACCCCUGUCCCACACUUCACUGUAGCACAACCAGACUGUGUGUGAUACUAAUCAUAGCACACCUUACGGAGAUCUCCUUAUGUGCCAAGCACUGGGCUAAGUGGACACUGCAGUGCCCGUCUCCAUGUAACCCUCAUAACAACCCCCCCCCCCACCGAGGUAAGUUUUCAUUGCCCCCAUUUUGUAGGGGAGGAAAGUGAGGCUCCGAGAAGUGGAGACCCAGCUGGUGGCCGAGUGGGAGGUUGCCCUGCACCCCCAGCUCUUGUCCUUGCACGCCCCUCCACCUUGGCUUACCCUUUGGCUCCCUGUUGUGCCUGGUAGACACCGUUCACUCUCCAGGACUCGUUCUGACCGCUGUCCUGGGACAGCCUGGCUCGGUGCCCCUCCUUGGCCCCAGGCUGCCCUGGAAACCUCCUUGGCCGCGCCCCCGGCAGGACGCCAGGAUUGACGCGUUCAGUCUGUGCCGGGCUCUUACCUCAUUGAACCCCCGGCUUCUAGCGCAGUGUGUGGCACAUAACAGGUCUCUGCACAAAACCAAGCUAUUUGAUCUCUGGAGAAGGAUCCUUUCCCUUCCUGCUUGGGUUCCAUCCACCUGCACCCUUUGACUUCGGGUGGAAACUGCUGUCUGAUCAGCCACCUUGCCCACACACCCUGGACACCUGUGCUCUCUCUGACCCCUCUCUCCUUCCUCACCAUCAGGCAGGACCCCAGAUCCACCCCCUCUGAAUCAACUUAUUUGGCUUCCCCUUAACCUUAGCUCUUUCUGCCACGUCAUUUGUAUCUCUUUUUCUGUCCCAAAUAGUUUUCCCCCCCAAAAAAAUCUUCGUUUCUUUCUCUCUUUUCCCUUAGUCCUCCAAAUCACUAGCCCAUGACUGGGCUGUUCUCCUCCAAAACACAUAGUCCACAACUUGCUGUUUAAAACAGUCGUAUUUUGUCUUGGGAAGUCCUAUUGAAUUCCCUUAAAACAUUAACAAUUCCUGUGACCCCACCCCCACCCCCCAGCCUGAGUCUCUGUCCCUGGGUCCUGUCCUGUUGCGCAGCAGGGCUGGUGUGUCCCACAUAGAGCGACCCACAGACACCCUGCCCUCCUGCCUUCCCCGUUGAGCUGCCCUGCCUUCCCUCACUUCCCAGUCUCCUCUGCUUCCGGCAGCUUUGGGACCCCUGCCCCUGGCUUCUCCUCCAUGCUGUAUGGAAUGAAGAUUGCAAAUCUGGCCUACGUCACCAAGACUCGGGUCAGGUUCUUCAGACUCGACCGCUGGGCCGACGUGUGGUUCCCAGAAAAAAGGAGAGUGAAGGUGGGGUCAGACAUCAGCAAACACCACAAGUCACUGCUAGCCAAGAUCUUUUACGACAGGGCUGAGUAUCUUCACGGGAAACAUGGGGUGGACGUGGAAGUCCAGGGGCCCCAUGAAGCCCGAGAUGGGCAGCUCCUUAUCCGCCUGGAUUUGAACCGCAAGGAGGUGCUGACCCUGAGGCUUCGGAAUGGAGGAACCCAGCCUGUCACCCUCACUCAUCUCUUCCCACUCUGCCGGACCCCCCAGUUUGCCUUCUACAAUGGAGACCAGGAGCUGCCCUGCCCACUGGGCCCUGGCGAGUGCUACGAGCUCCAGGUCCACUGCAAGACCAGCUUUGUGGGCUACUUCCCGGCCACGGUGCUCUGGGAGCUGCUGGGACCUGGGGAGCCAGGUUCGGAAGGAGCUGGCACUUUCUACAUUGCCCGCUUCUUGGCUGCUGUUGCCCACAGUCCCCUGGCUGCACAGCUGAAGCCCACGACUCCCUUCAAGCGGACCCGGAUCACUGGAAACCCUGUAGUGACCAGCCGGAUAGAGGAAGGAGAGAGACCUGACCGCGCUAAGGGCUAUGACCUGGAGCUGAGCAUGGCGCUGGGGACAUACUACCCACCGCCUCGCCUCCGGCAGCUGCUCCCCAUCCUUCUUCAGGGGACAAGUAUCUUCACUGCCCCAAAGGAGAUUGCUGAGAUCAAGGCCCAGCUCGAGACAGCCCUGCAGUGGAGAAAUUACGAGGUGAAGCUCCGGCUGCUGCUGCACCUGGAGGAGCUGCAGAUGGAGCAUGACAUCCGGCACUACGACCUGGAGUCGGUGCCCAUGACCUGGGACCCCGUAGACCAGAACCCCAGACUGCUCACACUGGAGGUUCCCGGAGUGACCGAGAGCCGCCCCUCAGUGCUACGGGGUGACCACCUGUUUGCACUUUUGUCCUCUGAGACACAUCAGGAGGACCCCGUCACCUACAAGGGCUUUGUACACAAGGUGGAAUUGGACCGUGUCAAGCUGAGCUUUUCCAUGAGCCUCCUGAGCCGCUUUGUGGAUGGGCUGACCUUCAAGGUGAACUUCACCUUCAACCGCCAGCCCCUGCGGGUGCAACACCGUGCCCUGGAGCUGACGGGGCGCUGGCUGCUGUGGCCCAUGCUCUUUCCUGUGGCCUCCCGUGGGGUUCCGCUGCUGCCCUCAGAUGUGAAGCUCAAGCUGUAUGACCGCAGUCUGGAGUCAAACCCUGAGCAGCUGCAGGCCAUGAAGAACAUCGUUAUGGGCACCACCCGUCCAGCCCCCUACAUUAUCUUUGGGCCUCCAGGCACUGGCAAGACUGUCACCCUGGUGGAAGCCAUUAAGCAGGUGGUGAAGCACUUGCCCAAAGCCCACAUCCUGGCCUGCGCUCCGUCCAACUCAGGAGCUGACCUUCUCUGCCAGCGGCUCCGGGUCCACCUGCCCAGCUCCAUCUACCGCCUCCUGGCCCCCAGCAGGGACAUUCGCAUGGUGCCCGAGGACAUCAAGCCCUGCUGCAACUGGGAUGCGAAGAAAGGGGAUUAUGUGUUUCCCGCCAAGAAGAAGCUGCAGGAGUAUCGUGUCUUAAUUACCACCCUCAUCACGGCCAGCAGGUUGGUCUCAGCUCAGUUUCCCAUCGAUCACUUCACACACAUCUUCAUCGAUGAGGCCGGCCACUCCAUGGAGCCCGAGAGUCUGGUGGCCAUAGCAGGGCUGAUGGAAGUCAAGGAAACAGACAAUCCAGGAGGGCAGCUGGUGCUGGCAGGAGACCCUAGGCAGCUGGGGCCCGUGCUGCGCUCCCCGCUGACCCAGAAGCAUGGCCUGGGGUACUCCCUGCUGGAGCGGCUGCUGACCUACAACGCCCUGUACAAGAAGGGCUCCAAUGGCUAUAACCCCCAGUUCAUAACCAAGCUGCUGCGCAACUACAGGUCUCACCCCACCAUACUGGACAUUCCCAACCGACUCUAUUAUGAUGGGGAAUUGCAGGCCUGUGCCGACGUCGUGGACCGAGAGCGCUUCUGCCGAUGGGAGGGUCUGCCUCGACAGGGCUUUCCCAUCAUCUUUCACGGCGUAAUGGGCAAGGACGAGCGUGAGGGUAACAGCCCAUCAUUCUUCAACCCUGAAGAGGCUGCCACAGUGACCUCCUACCUGAAGCUGCUCCUGGCCCCCUCCUCGAAGAAGGGCAAAGCCCGCCUGAGCCCCCGAAGCGUGGGCGUCAUCUCUCCCUACCGGAAGCAGGUGGAAAAAAUCCGUUAUUGCAUCACCAAACUUGACAAGGAGCUUCGGGGACUGGAUGACAUCAAAGACUUAAAGGUGGGCUCCGUAGAAGAGUUCCAAGGCCAAGAGCGCAGCGUCAUUCUCAUCUCCACCGUGCGGAGCAGCCAGAGCUUUGUGCAGCUGGAUCUGGACUUCAACCUGGGUUUCCUUAAGAACCCCAAGAGGUUCAACGUGGCUGUGACCCGGGCCAAGGCUUUGCUCAUCGUGGUGGGCAACCCGCUGCUCCUGGGCCAUGACCCUGACUGGAAAGUAUUCCUGGAGUUCUGUAAAGAAAACGGGGGGUAUACCGGGUGCCCCUUCCCUGCCAAACUGGAUCUGCAGCAGGGACAGAACUUACUCCAAGGUCUGAGCAAGCUCAGGCCCUCUACCUCAGGGCCCCAAAGUCACGACUACCUCCCCCAGGAACGGGAGGGAGAAGACGGCCUGUCCCUGCAGGUAGAGCCAGAGUGGAGGAAUGAGCUCUGAAGACACAGCAGACAGCCUUCGCACACCAGCCAAGCCUUAACCGCCCACCUGACCCUGAACCAGAACCCAGCUUGAACCAGAGCCCAGCUGAGCUGCCCCUCCAGAAGGACAGGAAGGCUGGGGGAGAGAGUUUACAACCCAAGCCAUUCACCCCCUCCCCUGCUGGGGAGAAUGACACAUCAAGCUGCUAACAAUUGGGGGAAGGGGGAGGAAGAAAAACUGAAAACAAAAUAUUGUUCUAUGCAAAA